AUGCCGCGCCAAACUUACAACAUCGCUAUGGUUAGCGACUUCUUCUUCCCACAACCAGGAGGCAUCGAAUCGCACAUCUACCAACUCUCAAGCAAGCUUAUCGACCGCGGCCACAAGGUCAUUAUAAUCACACAUGCCUACGAUGACCGAAAGGGUGUCCGCUACCUCACAAAUGGCCUCAAGGUCUACCACGUCCCCUUCCUGGUUAUGUACCGCCAGGCGACCUUCCCGACCGUCUUCUCGUUCUUCCCCAUCUUCCGCAACAUCUGUAUCCGGGAGCGCAUCGAGAUCGUCCAUGGCCACGCCAGUUUGAGCAACCUUUGCCACGAGGCGAUCCUGCAUGGGAGAGCAAUGGGUCUUCGAACCGUCUUCACCGAUCACUCGCUCUUCGGCUUCGCCGAUGCUGCGAGCAUUCUCACCAACAAACUUUUAAAGUUUACACUCAGUGAUGUAGACCACAGCAUAUGUGUGAGCCACACAUGCAAAGAGAAUACAGUAUUAAGAGCUUCCCUCGACCCAUUGAUGGUCUCAGUAAUCCCCAAUGCAGUCGUCGCCGAGAAUUUCCGGCCUCGCGACUACAAGGAAUCUCCCAAUGGCUCUGGCGUCUUCGGGCCAGACACGUCUCCGAACCGCCUGGGCCCCACGGACAUAAUUACCAUUGUUGUGAUUUCUCGUCUGUUCUACAACAAGGGCACCGACUUGCUGACUGCCGUCAUCCCCCGCAUCCUGGAAAACCACCCCUACACGCGCUUCAUCAUCGCCGGUUCCGGUCCCAAGGCUAUUGACCUGGAGCAGAUGAUUGAGACCAACGUCCUCCAAGAUCACGUAGAAAUGCUGGGGCCCAUCCGCCACGAGGAUGUCCGCGACGUGAUGGUCCGCGGCCACAUCUAUCUCCACCCCUCCCUCACGGAAGCAUUCGGCACCGUGAUCGUCGAGGCCGCCAGCUGCGGCCUCUACGUGGUCUGCACCCAAGUCGGUGGCAUCCCCGAGGUCCUCCCCUCGCACAUGACCACGUUCGCCAAGCCGGAGGAGGACGACCUCGUAGCCGCGACGGGCAAGGCCAUCACGGCGAUGCGCAGCGGCCGCAUCCGGACCGAGAAGUUCCACGACCAGGUCAAGAAGAUGUACUCGUGGUCCAACGUGGCCAUGCGCACCGAGCGCGUGUACGACGGCGUCACGGGCAAGAUUAGCGAGGAGGAGUUCUACGGCUUCGACACGGGCGGCUACACGGGGAGCCGGAUCCGCAACUUCGCACUGAUUGAUCGACUGAAGCGCUAUUACGGCUGCGGCAUAUGGGCUGGGAAACUGUUCUGUUUGUGCAUUAUUGUUGACUUCCUGUUCUUCCUCUUCCUCGAAUGGUGGCAGCCGCGAGAGAGCAUCGACAUCUGCCCCGAUUGGCCCAGAAAGGUGCCACCGGAGGAGAAGCGUCAUUCCUCGACGAGUCGUGGACGGGACCCGUCAUGA